UCCAGGUACAGUACUGUACAUGAUAGAGUAUCAAACAUUCUCUAUCGCGUUUCACUUCUCUCUCUCUCUCUCUCUUCUUGCCAUCCCCUCCCAUUUUCGAUUCUAUACAACCCCAACGCGCAGCACAACAACCCACUACCCACCCAACAACAAAAGAGAUCAUGCCCCCCACCCAAGCCGACGACAAACGCCAAGCAGCCCGCGAAGUCAUCGACAUUCUUCAUGAGAUUUCCACCCUCCUAAACACCCAUCUGGACCGCACGGAGCUCUCGCUUUGUGUCUCGCUUAUUGAGAAUGGGGUCAAUCCGGAGGCUCUGGCGGCUGUGAUUAAGGAUCUGAGGAAGGAGGCUGGGUCUGGGGGUAGGGGGUUUGGUGAGCAGCAGCAGCAGCAGUAUGAGUGAGUGAGUGAGUGGGGUGUUGGGGGAGGUGCUGGGGGUUGCGUCUGGGUGAGAUUUACCGUCGGUUUAUGCUUGCAUGUUUGGGUUUUGAUUUAAAGAUACCCGUGAUUUAUUCUAUUCAUGUACUGAGAAUUGAGGUGAUGCAUUGAUUUUGUUUUUGCAUGGGGGUUGAGGUUAUACGUUGCUUGUUUACGAGAGUGGGUAUCUGGGGCUUUUGCCGAGAGCCGGACAGUUCGAACUCGUUUUAACUGAUUCAUUCAAAUGCAGUCU